AUGGAUCGCUUCCAUCUGCUGAACCCCGCAAUUGUGUUUGACGAAGGAGUCGUCCAACAAUACGUUUCGGUUGAAAUUGUGGAUGAUGACGCUUUUGAAUAUGUCCCGGACAAAAUCACGCUUCAGUUCAGUAUUUUAGACGGUGGAGCGUUGAACGGGGAGCAUACUACCUGCACUCUGACGGCGGCCGACGACGGAGACGUCUCUUUGCCGAAACAAUGCACAAAUCUACGCAAAACGUCCGUCACUGGUGGUGCGCUGGGGCUUCAGUGGACUGCACCGUUAGAUCACGGAGGGUUAAAGGAAAUUCUGGACUACUCCGUGAGCGUAACCACUGGUAACCAAUUGGUGAAGACGCAGAUUUCAUUAACGGAAACGACGGUCGUAUACGGGCUGACUCAGUCAACUACGUACCAGAUUGCUGUUCAGGCUAGAAAUUCCCGGUGGACUGGAGUAGCAUCUCCAUCACUAUUGGUUGCAACUCUCGCCGCAACACCUCCAACUGCGCCUAUGAACAUUCACGUGACAAGUGCUUCCAGUUCCAUGGUAACCCUUUCGUGGGAUGCCCCGCUGGACGACGGAGGAUCUCCGAUAGUCUCGUAUACGGUA